AUGCCGGACCAAGGGGCCGACUCGCCUGUGGUCAGUGUUUCCCCGAGCUUUAAAAUGUGUGUCAGCAGCAGCAGCGGCAGCCACGACGAGGCCCCCGUCCUGAGCGACAAGCACCUGGAUGUGCCCGACAUCAUCAUCACCCCCCCGACCCCCACGGGCAUGAUGCUGCCAAGAGACUCGAGGCAGACAGUCUGGCUGGACGAGACAGGGUCCUGCCCGGAUGACGGAGAAAUUGAGCCUGAAGCCUGAGCAGUCCCAGCGCGGGGAUUUGCACGUGGCUCCUGCUCCAGCGCCCCUGGCCCGGGUGUCCCGGGGACGUGGCUGCCUGGGGCUGGUGUGGACGGGACACUGAGUGAAUCCAGCCUUCUGCCCGGAGAGGUGCGGCAGGACCAGCGAGUAAUCCAGCCUGCCGGCUUCCAGAACGGCGUUUCCCAGGCCCCACUGAGCAGACAAGACCUCCGACACCUCCAUGCUCUUGCUGACCCCGCCGUGGCAACAGGUGAUGCCGUGGUGAUGGC